UUUUUUUUUGUCUCCGCUCUCAUCUUAAAAAUUUCAUUUUUCCAGUCCAAAUCCAAAAGGAACAAAAGUGAAUUCGAACAUGGCACAGUACCAGGGGCAGAAUCCGCCGAUGCGGGGGGCGUUUUCGCCGGUCGGUGAGCAGCAGUUCGCGGGCUACAACGACUAUAACCAGCAGCAGCCGCACAGCAGCCGCAACAGCCAGCAGCAGCACCAGCAGCAGCACCAGCAAUUCCAGACGGCCUCGCCCCCGAACGCCAACCAGCAGCCUGGGUUUGACAACCCGUACGGAUUCUUCCCACCUGGCUUCCAGAACAACCAGGCGGCGCAGCUGGGAAUGCAGUUCGCGGGCACAGCGAUGAAUGCAAUGCAGGAGAAUGUGCAGCAGAACGUGGGUCGGUACGUGAGCCUGGCACAGAUGAAGCACUACUUCGAUGUGACCAAUAUCUACGUGCUGGCCAAGCUGCGACUGCUUGCAUUCCCGUGGCUACACAAGAACUGGCACCGUGCGGCGGAGCGCGACGCGACUGGCCAGGUGGUCGGGUUCAAGUCACCGCGCGACGACACAAACUCUCCGGAUCUGUACAUCCCCGUGAUGAGCCUUGUUACGUAUGUGAUUACUAUUGGCCUGAUUAUCGGCCGCACUGCUGACUUCAACCCUGAGGUCCUUGGGUACACGGCGAGCUCGGCCCUCGGCAUCAUUGUGUUUGAGGUGCUGCUGGUCAAAAUGUUCUGCUACCUGCUGAAUGUCGGCUCAGAGCUGCAGCUGCUGGACAUCCUGGCCUUCAGCGGGUACAAGUUUGUCACCACCAUUCCAGACACCUCGUCGGCAACAGGCAUCAACGUGCACCGGAAGCGGCGCAUCCACUUCUUGUUCAUCAUCGCGAUGAUGCAGUUCCUGUACAUCUGGAUCCUGAUGCUCUACAAGAGUCCACGUACCAAAUAAUUCUUCAAAUAACAUGCGAAUCAUUUAUUACUUCAGUACACA